UAUAUCACGCCUGGUGGUAACAGUCAAAGUCUAGGUAUACCAUACUCUGUGAGGAUAGAAGUCGUCCCGCUAUUAUUUCAAUAGCUUAUAGGAGAUCAAUUACUCUCUGUUGUAUUUAUGUUUGCGCUAAAAUGUCUGAGGCUAUGUCAACUCGCCAGAUGUUUCUACGGAAGGAGACACUUAAUUGUUUCAGGACAUGAUUCCCUGGUUAGCAGAGGAUUGACAUCGUCAUUCGUAAGCACAGCACCUUUUGCAUGAUAAAGAGGCUGUCAAACACCUGUCAUUGAAUAAACAGGGACUAAUUGAACACGAGUGGUUUAAAACGUCCCACGCUGUUGGCAUCGUCAAUAAACUCGUGUUGCGCGACGUUCACCAGGUCAUUGCCGGGAACAAAUUGCUCUAGGAAGGACCCAUCAUGGAGUAACGGCCGAUAUGUAUGUAUAAAAGUGUUUGGUAAUUUCCGCAAUUUCCCUGAUAAUGUGAGUGUCAGUCAUAACAACAUAGAUUGGAACUGAUAAUGUCGACAGUCACGCACGAUUUGUUUACCAAACUGGACACAAACGCCGUUUAUCGAUUAAAGAUCUUUUUCCAAAUUUUGGUUGGAAUUACCAAAGUAUGAAUAGCCCAGCACAUUAGGGUAAUACACCUGAAUCGACACUGCUCAUAAAUCGUAGAUAUAGCGUGGUUUUCACAUCAGACAGUUUACCUGUAAUAUACCGUGAUAUAUAUGGAGUGAACAUUCCGACGUGUGUGACAAUACGCCAAAGUGUGGUAAGCAGAAGGUUUGGCGCGUUAUGUGGACACUUGGAAACUGGCGGUUUUGGACGUUCCGGCCCGGAUUAAGAGGUUACAUAUCGAUUUAGGCAGUAUAGAUUGAGCUGCGGUGACAAUUUCCUUGUUUACAUUACAGUGUAUACAUCAUUCUAAUACCAGUAAGAGACACAAGGUAAAGAGAAUCACUGGCAAUUCACAUAUUAACAUGCAAUACGACUUCCAUCAGCAACAUUACGGAAACCUUAGAUUUUGUACCCGGUGCUGGCCUGUUUGAGUUAGUAGUAUAACGUGUAGUGAAUGUGCUAAUGCGGCGGUGUGACGUUCAGGGACACGCUUUGUGACUUUCAGGGACACGCUUUGUGACGUUCAGGGACACGCUUUGUGACUUUCAGGGACACGCUUUGUGACUUUCAGGGACACGCUUUGUGACGUUCAGGGACACGCUUUGUGACGUUCGGGGACACGCUUUGUGACGUUCAGGGACACGCUUUGUGACUUUCAGGGACACGCUUUGUGACGUUCAGGGACACGCUUUGUGACUUUCAGGGACACGCUUUGUGACUUUCAGGGACACGCUUUGUGACGUUCAGGGACACGCUUUGUGACGUUCGGGGACACGCUUUGUGACGUUCAGGGACACGCUUUGUGACUUUCAGGGACACGCUUUGUGACGUUCAGGGACACGCUUUGUGACGUUCAGGGACACGCUUUGUGACGUUCGGGGACACGCUUUGUGACGUUCAGGGACACGCUUUGUGACGUUCAGGGACACGCUUUGUGAACACUUGUUACCUUUUAUAGGAGACGUUUUGUCGGAUUAUUUACUUUAAAACAAAGAUACAUACGUAGGAAAACCGAAUUCAAAAUGUCGAAAUUCAUGUUUCAUAUUCAGUUUUCGGACCAGGAGGGUUUUUUGCAUGAACACGAAGUUUACGAAAUGAUGAGGUCUCGGAGUCUUUAUCAGGUUCAAUUUGACCUUAAGCAUAGACUACACAAACGAAUAAGGUCCCUGGAACAGGCGGAAAAGAUGCAGAUUUCAACUUUUCAAAAACAAAGAAAUGUUUUCUUGACAAAAAUGCAAGAAAAGGUGGCUCAAAGAAACAAACUCGCCGAGGAAAAAUCUUCUCCGUUGAUGAUUAGUGGGUUUAAAAGACAAGUGAAGACGAGGGAGAGAAGGGACAUCCCUAUGAUGACGGACGUAGAAUCUACAAAUAUAGCACCUAAACAAAUUAACAGUGCCCCUUCUCGUAAAGUGUCAAAAGACUCACCACAGAACAAACCGGUUACCAAGGAAACAUCAAGUUCACGUCUAGUUUCAAAGGAAACAACAUUGACGUCCGUUAAAGAAGUAUCUUGCGAGAGCGAUGACGCCAAGCCGACGAGCGCUAAGAUUGAACUGUCAUACAAAGGAAGAUCACUGCCAGGGUGUAAGAGUGGUUAUCGUAGGUCAAGGACGAUGUUUAGUGAUGACGUCACAUACAUUGAUACGUCAUCAUUUGUAUCAAAAGAACAGAUAGGGGAAAUAUCUUUAAACGAUGAAGAGGACACAUCUUCAAACCGAUUACUCUCUAGGGAAAGUACAAAAACCAUUGUUCCUAAAAUGACAACAAAGCCUCGCAGAGUAACACUGCCACACAUACCAUCCGAACAGACAUUUCGGGGCGACUCGGCAUUUUUCGAACAGGAUGACAACAUUUCCGAAAUUUCUGAUACGGCAUUCCAAAGACUGGCCGGAAAGUAUAAUUCAUCAAAGUCUCUUACUUCUCUGUCCAUUACAGUACCAACUCCGGACCUGAAAUCACUGUCAACUUACGAGAUGGGUAUGACCACUCCGGACGGUCAGCUGAUAUUGUCGAAGGACGAGUAUGAGGAUUAUCUGGACAGAUUUAGGGAAGUAAAAUCCAAACGGCUGAAACUAAUACGGACACAUAGUGAAAACUUAGAUAGGAAAGUCAAACGUUUUCAAGCUCAUAAAAAAACUUGACAAUGAUGUAUGUUUCCAAAAAUCUAUUUCACGUCUGUUCUAGGGACAAUAGGCAUUUCUUUAUGUGUAUGGUUUGUACCUGUAAUACAGAUUCUGAAUACUUAUAUAAUUAUAUUUGUAUUCAAUAUUAUUUUUCUGCUUCACAAUACUACAAAAUAUGUAUGGAACUUGAACGAUUUCCAUGUCAUAUCUCAUUCAAUAACUUUAAAUCCUAACUAUUAGUAAUGUAUACGUAGCUUUCCAAUUGGCUUAAUUAAAGUACAGUUUUAUUUUGGCUGUGAAUAGUUUGCUUAUAAAGCGACAAUGUGAUUUGGCGGAUUGGUGAUCAGCGAAUUUAACACUGGAGUGUGACCGGCUAUUGACAAAAAAGCGUCGAUGAUAACACUUAUAUACCUGUACGAGACAUUUGAUUAACUAUUCCGUUAAGUUUUGUAAUCUAAGAAAUGUUACCCCCUUAGAACACAACUCCAACAAAAUAGGGGUACGUACAUAUGGUGUAUCUACAGUUACUUGAGAUGUAAAGGCCAACUAUUUUUCAGAGUUGUAAUACAAUCGUUAUCUCUGUACAGUAGGACGAUAUGAACUGGUCGGAAGAACACACAGUGUAUAAUUGAUGCUCGUAAUGUCCUUCCCGUACAUAACUGUCAAACUAAAAUCCAUAGUUAUAUGUUUUGGGAUUUUUCUAGAUAAAAUUCCCGCUUUA